CUGUUUCACAUUCCAAGCCCACGGUAAGGCUGGGAAAUGGCACCUUAUCUGUGGGAUUGGAUGUUGGAGUGGGGGAAGGGAAACAGGAGAGGUGCACCUGAGGUGAAUUUGACUCUCACACGGGACGAAGCUAAUGCACAUUCCUCGGCACCCCGAACGAGGUUCACUUGGCCAGGGACACAGAAGCUCCAUAGAAGCAAGAUGCUUGGUGUCAGCCUCAGGUCAGGUGGAAAAAGAUGCUAAACCUCUCCCUCGCAUUAACAGACACUCCAUUUUCUGGAUCGUGGCAUCUAUAGGUGUGACCUACUACGUGGAUUUCCUCCACAACAUCAUGGAAAACGAUGAAAUCAAAAGUUGGUGGUUCAAUGUGGGUCUGUCCCUCCUUGGGGUCUGCCUGUCUCUGGCCAUGUUUUGCAUUGUGUACCUGGAGUGGUUCAAAGGCAUCCAGCACUACGAACACGAGUACCCUGCCAUUCCUCCCAUCACCACCGCAGCCUUUAUUGCGGCAUCUUGCAGCUUGAACAUGGCACUGUGGCCAGUGUGGUCCUUCUUCACUCCGCUCAUCCUCUUCACACAGUUCAUGGGUGUGGUCAUGUUCAUCUCUAUGCUUGGGUGAAGAUGACAUUUUAAUUUGUACAAAAUGUUUAUUUUAUUGAAUAAAUAACAUUGGAUUUGGCCUUAAAUUGUGGAUAUUUAUGUGAAGUGAAACUUAACAUAUUUAAUACCAACUUUACAUAUUUUAUACCAAUGCUUUACGUCAUCUUGUUAACCACAAUGUUGAGUUUUCUUUGUAUAGUUUUCCUCCAUUACAUACACAUAUUUCUAAAACAAUACUCAACUGUACUGGUAUCAAUACAGAAAGCAUACAUUCAAAAACCUUAGACACACAACACCAAAGGACAAUGUCCCAGUUUCUCGAUCCAGACAUUGAAAGCAGAUUUCUCUGCUUGUUUUUGUGCUUACUCUGUAACUAAGUGUUUCAAGACAUUUCAUUGUCUGCAGUAGUUAUUUCCCUGAUUAUCGUGCAGUCAUAUUGCAUUGAUGGUCACGACUACGUGAUGAGAAAUCUGAGCAAGAAUUAACAAUAGGGUAAACAACAGUGGCUCGAAUUUAACUUGAAAACUAUCUUCCUGGUUGCUCAUGCUCCUCUGUCCCUACCAGUCUCUCACACCUUCCAGUCUUAAACCUGCAGCACUUUGAAAACAACACAGCUGUUGUCAGUGUGUAUUGAUGCUUUUGUGUGGGGCAGGUUAGCAUUGUCGCAUCACUGUGGUGUCUGUAAGCUGAGAGUUUAACCAUCUUAGUUUAUGAUUUGUCACGGUUGUGUUUUCCAAUGUGCCAAGAAAUGUGAUGCAUUGUGUUAAGUGUUUGGCAAACAGCACAGGUGUAAUAAAUGUUUUGAGCAAAGUCCUUUUUCACAGCAGACAUUUUGGCUUGUUGCAGUAGGAAAAGUUGUUUGUUAAUAACAGGUGUUAUUGAUAACAUUAACAAUGAAAAUGUGUGGCAGUGAGCCACCAUUCACAACACCAGGGCCCUGAAACUGAAGCAGCUAAAUGACAUUCAGCCAUUGCUAUUUCUUUGUAUUUCUUUACACCUUUUCUUACUGUGAAAUGGUAAAAUGUCCUGUGUGAAAAUGGUAUGUUGUAUUUAUACAUGUGUGUAAGCAAUGGAGAGCAAUGUUUUUCUUAUGCAGUUUGUGUUGAAUGUAAAUACUUCUGCUCAUAUGGCUUCAAAUGUAUUUUUUUCCUUAAUAAACUUUGAUAACUUAUUUCCCUA